AUGUUCAUGUUUCUAAACCUCGUUUCUGUAGGUUCUAACUGUAGCGUCCUUUACAGGAGUAAAACAGUUUACAAUACUGUACAUGAGCCCCGUCAUAUCGUAUCUAAUGAUUUCAAUAAUGAUGGUAAAUUAGAUUUUGUCGUGGCUACGUUUGGUGAUGAACAUUUCAGCAUAUUUCUCGGUAGUGGAAAUGGAUCUUUUCAACUUUAUGCAUCAUAUGCUACAAAUGUAGAGCCAACAGCUAUAACCACCGGUGACUUUAACAAAGAUGGAAAAAUGGACGUGGCUAUUAACAAUUUUUAUGUUAGUAUCUGGCUUGGAAAUGGAGAUGGGACGUUUCAAAAAUAUGGACAGUAUCACACGAACGCGUGGUCAUACUCUAUGAUUACAAGUGAUUUUAACAACGAUAGAAUAUUGGAUCUGGCUAUUGCGAACUAUAGUUUUCACAAUAAAACCAGUGUCACCGUGCUGCUUGGAAAAGGUGAUGGAAGCUUUUCUUCAGGAAUUAAUUAUGGCAAUAGUGAAUCAUCGUAUUGUGUUAUAUCAGAUGAUUUCAACAAUGAUAAUAAACAAGAUUUAGCAAUAUGCAACCACGACCCCCACUGUAUUACUGUGUUACUUGGAAAAGGUGAUGGGAGUUUUGGUAAUCAAAAAGAAUAUAUUACACACCCAUAUCCAACCUCUAUGGUCUCGGGAGACUUUAAUCUUGAUAAUAAAUUGGACCUUGUAGUAGCGCAUGUUGGAUGGGAGACAGGCAUUGUUGUUCUCUUUGGAGAUGAUAAUGGAGGAUUCUCAAAAACAGAAUUAUAUCGGAACGUUAUGGGUUCAUUAUCGUUAACCGUGGGUGAUUUUAAUAAUGAUGAAAAAUUAGAUUUCGUAGCGUCCAGUAUUUACGGCAACGUCAUUAGUAUGUUUUUUGGAAACGGGAAUGGAGCGUUCCAAAAUCAUCAAGAGUUUAAUACUGCCGAUUACUCAGAUUCUCUGACAUCAGGUGAUUUCAAUUAUGAUGGAAAGCUGGAUAUAGCAACAGCAAAUUAUUUAAACCAGAGUAUUACUGUCUUUCUCAACUCAUGUCAUUGA